AAAGCGAAUCACAGCAUGCUUUUCCGUGCACUCGUCAUCUCGGCUGCCCAAUACGGCGCAGUGCGAUACGCCUUCUACUACACGGGCAACCUAUGCAAGGAGCCCAACGCAUUUAUGCCGCUGCACACGGAGCCCUACGUGAAUCGGACGUCGAAGGAGCACCUGACCCUGCAUUACCGGUGCCUCGGCGGCUACAUGAACCCCGUCGUGUGCGGGUACCGGAACAAGCCCAUCAGCGAUCUGUGCAUCCUCUUCGAGAGGCGGUGUUGGCAGAUCAUGAUGGACGACGCCCCGACGGACAUCAUGGGGAUUGUGAAUCGGCGCAAGAAGCUUGCAAAAUGUCUCGGAAGGGUCUUUGUUGGUUAGCGCACACCGACGGCAGCACAAAGUUGAUGUUGUCCUAAGUAAAUGAAACUUGCUUCGCUUACACAGUACUCAGUUUGUAUUGAAGCAAGCUCUCUGAUUUCUUGUUCGAAAAGCUGCCUUUCAAAUAAAUAUUCACCGGACUAAAAUA